GAGAAGUUCCAUGUGUGAGAAGUUUGGCUGCUUCUCCUGACUCACUUGGACUGAGCUUAGAUGUGCACAGGACUGCAUUUUCUUAAUUAAGUGGACUUCUCUUCGUAUCUCUGGGAAAGGCUUGAUUGGAGUAGUAUGCAGCAGCCAGUAGUCUCCUGCAGUAUGCCAUCAGAGGAAAUCAAGAGUUUGUCUCUUCCUGUGGGCUGGAAAUGCUACAGAUCACCUGAGGGACAGAAAUACUAUGUCAACAUAAGCACUAAAGAGACAACAUGGGAACGUCCGAGCAGAUCCACCACCCGCCCAAAGACUUCUGGGUCUCAUCAACACUCAGUAAAUGGACAUCAGCUUCUUGGAGCCUCUGGACAUGUGCUGGAGCAUCUAGAUGUGUCCUUGGGAAAGAACAGCCUCAGCAACCAGAGUCCAGGGUCCACCUCCCCGGCCAGGAGGCAGAAUAAGGAGAAGGAGAUCAAGGAGACCAAAAUCACAAUCAACUGCGUCACCUUCCCUGUGCCCGCGUCUGCUCUGGAGCAGCAGCUUCUCAAGCCCAGUGAAUGGAGCUACUGCGACUAUUUCUGGGCCGAUAAGAAGGACCCUCAGGGGGCCACGGUGUCAGGGUUCGAGGUGCUGCUGCAGAAACAGCUGAAGGGGAAGCAGAUGCAGAAAGAGAUGGCAGAGUUCAUCAGAGAAAGGAUAAAAAUCGAAGAGGAAUAUGCCAAGAACCUUUCUAAACUCUCCAUGUUCCCAAUGGCAGCACAAGAGGAAGGGACUCUUGGAGAAGCUUGGGCCCAACUUAAGAAGAGUCUAGCUGAUGAAGCCGAGGUCCAUCUCAAGUUCUCCUCAAAGCUCCAGAGUGAAGUCGAGAAGCCUUUACUGACCUUCAGAGGAGACAACUUUAAAAAAGACAUGAAGAAAUACGACCACCACAUCGCUGACCUGAGGAAGCAGCAGGUCAGCCGUUAUGCUGCUGUGGAGAAGGCACGGAAGGCUCUAGCAGACAGACAGAAGGAUCUUGAGGUGAAAACACAGCAGCUUGAGAUCAAAUUGAGCAACAAAACAGAGGAGGAUAUUAAAAAAGCCAGACGGAAAUCCACACAAGCAGGUGAUGAUUUGAUGCGUUGUGUGGACCUUUACAAUCAGGCUCAGUCAAAGUGGUUUGAGGAGAUGGUCACCACAAGCCUGGAGUUGGAGAGGCUGGAGGUGGAGCGGGUGGAGACGAUACAGCAGCUUCUGCGUCAGUACACCACACUGCGGCAUGAGACGGACAUGUUCAACCAAAGUACGUUGGAGCCGGUGGACCAGCUUCUGCAGAGUGUGGAUCCUGCCAAAGACAGAGAGCUCUGGGUGAAGGAACACAAGACGGGGGAUCUGAGACCUGUGGACAUGGACAUCUAGACAAAACACACACACAUAAUACUAUAUGAAUCUACCUGCAUGCCUGUCUACCUGAGUACUUCAACCUCUCAGCCAAAGCCAUACAGGUACCACCCCUUCAGUGGAUUUCCACUGAAAAUAUUAGAUAAUUACAAAAUUAAACAAAGCUUUAUAGAAGAUUUUUCUUAAUGUCAUGUGGAAUGAGUGGCGGGAAAGGACAGCAGCACAGCAGACGCAUUAUGAUAGAAUAGCCAUCCAUAUAAUCCUGCAUGUCCUUUAAAUAAUAUGCUACUAAAGACUUCUCGGUAUGUAAGUUACAAUAACAUGAUUCAAGUAGUCAAGGCACCAUUGAUAUAGAUCUGAACAAAUACUGUACAGUAAAACACCUCUUUGUUUAUUUGCCACAGUGGAUGCCUGUUAAACAAACUUCAUCCAAUCAUUUUUUAUUUUUUUUUUGGCAUUGAAAUACACAGUUAGUUUGAAGAUAUUUAAUAGUUGCCUGGACUAAAGCGUGAGUCAAAUGUUUGAACACAUGUAAAUGGACAGCUUCAGGAUGCCAUAUAGGUGUUCAAAAACCUCAAAAUGAUUAAUCCUUAACAGAAAUAACCAGCAUCAAGGUUAUGGGGUGGGGGUGGAGAGAGUUAAAGCAUAUCAUCGUUUAGUAGUUAUAUUGUUAAAUCUGUAUUAUAUU